CUGCCUGAUUGACAGAAAGGUGGGUUCGGGAUAUAACGCACACCUGGACACGGGACAAAAAAAGCGCUGAGUGUGAGUGUGUGUAUGUGUGUGUAUGUGUGUACGCGUGUUUGUAGCGAUUUAGGUGGGAACAGUUUGUUCAGGUCAGGAUGGCGAGCAUAGGACUGGCCGUGAGCGGCCCGAUCACGGAGGAGAGAGCGGUGUUUACGCAGCUGAAGCCCGUGCGGAUGUCGGGCGCCUGCGCCGGGGAGGACGCGUGUUCCGUGUUCGAGGACGUCAAACCCACGAACCCAAUGGAGAUGGAUAAAUACCUGCCCCAAAAUGGGCCUCUGUCCUCUCAAAGCAUCCCAGACAAAAAGUACCGCCGGGAAAGCGCCUCCGUAGUGGACGAGUAUUUUGCAGAUGAGAAGCCGGCCCCCUACAGCCUCAACAUCAAUGUCAUCCUCCCCAACACCACCCAUCUCCGCACGGGGUUGUACCGUCCGACCAAACCGGUGUCUCAGAUCAAAACGGAGCCCGGAGUCGAGGCGUCCUGCAACAUCCAAACGCUCCCCAACUUCACGUCUGUCUUCAGCGUGCCACAGACAGUGGACAACCUGUUUAUCAAACCCAACAUUACCGCCGUAGACGAGCUCCACAUCGGCCCGCAGCAGCCGCAGGUCUACCAGAUGGCCAUCAGUGGCAGCAACCUGGCCUCCAUGACCUUCUCUAACAACCAGCAGGUGAAUGGAUCAGGCAGGACCAUGCUCAACCUGAACGCCGUGGCCCUCACGACGCCAUCUGGUGAAUUUGUGAUACCUGACCAAUUCUACCAGCAAGCGCAGCCCCACAGCCUGCCACCCUCACCCCCAAACUCCCAACCAGGUAGCCCAGAGAAUCAAGCCGAGCUGAUUAACACGGUCCCUCCUCCUCUGCCGCCCUAUCAGACCCAAAUGGGAGUGAAAGUGGCCCAGAUGACCUCUCACUCCAUGCUCAUGACUCAUGGACAAGGCAUCCUCACCGGCCCACGGUACAACCGAAGGAAUAACCCUGAACUAGAAAAGAGAAGGAUCCACCACUGCGACUUCCAAGGAUGCACCAAGGUUUACACAAAAAGCUCGCACUUGAAAGCACACCAAAGAACACAUACAGGCGAAAAGCCGUAUCGCUGCACUUGGGAUGGAUGCGACUGGCGUUUUGCUCGUUCAGACGAACUCACAAGGCACUACAGGAAGCACACAGGAGCCAAACCCUUCAAAUGCGUCGCCUGCAACCGGUGCUUCUCACGCUCAGAUCACCUGGCGCUCCACAUGAAGAGGCACCAAAACUGAGUUUUUGUUUUUAUUAUUUUUUUUUAUUUUGAUAAUAUUUGUAUCAUUACGUAUAUAUUUCACAAGGAUCAAAUGUUUCUCCAUAAAAAAAAAAAAAAAAAAACAAUAACAAAAAAAAAACAGCCAAUUCAUCUCUGGACACCAAUUUGUAGCUCUAGAACACUUCUGGACUCCGAAGAACGUUCUGGAGCGAAAUUUACAAAAAAUAGGUUUAUUGUUUGUAGAUUUUUUUGGGGGUGUGUGGGUGGGGGUGGGACUGUAUAUAUUGUACGUAUCCGUGUGCUCUGUUGUAUAAUACAGCUGUGAAAUCUGUGUAGUCGACUUUUUUUUUUAAUGCAAAAUAUGAUUAUUAUUUUAUAUCCAGAAUUCGCUUGAAAUUGUGAUCCACAUUUCGGUGGAAUUUUCCAAGGUCAUUGUUCGAGGCUUCGCUGUUUAUAUUGGGAUUUGUUAUUUCUUUUCUCUGGUAUAAGAAUCUCGACUUAUUUGCUUAGCAGUUCGAGAGUACAGAGUUGAGUAAUGUUUGUUUUUCUGCGACAUUCGUAUCCGUGGAAACGAAGCGUUUUAUGAGUAGCUUGAGCAAGAACUCCAGCAGAUCGACGCUUUCUUCUCGUCCUUUAAUGGCGACGGGAUUACGCACAGGAUUCACGCCAAGUACUUAACAAUGCUGAGCGUUAAUUAUUGACUAACCUUGGGUCAUUUGUCUAGUAUCAAAGCCCACCUGCCCUACGCCCCUUAACCCGAGAAUCCCCCCCCUUAUUCCUUUUCAUAAAUGUGCCAAAUUAUUAGGAACAUGGUCUGAAAAGAAAGAUUCCUCUGGACAUUUAAGUGUACAUUCAAAAGUGAAGAACAAACCUCGCAUGGACGCUCCAAGAACAAAAACACGAGCUCGUCUUCACCGCUCUUUUUAUUAUUUCAAGCACUUCCUGGCCAAGCUUCUGCACCACCCCCACCACACCCCCACCUCCCCCACCCUUACCUGUGUACAUUCUCUUACAGCACAGUUCCUUACAGAACUCUGAUGCACCGAAGCUUUUCUGUAAAUACUGUAGUUUUAAAGACAUAAUUAAAUAAACGUAGCUUGUAAAUA